GACUCGUUCAUCUUUUUGCACCCACGUUCGUUUCUCUCUCUCUCUUCCCCGUGACAUUGAUUAUUAACUAUCAUCUUCUUUCUUUCCCUCUCCUCUCUAUUUUUUUUUUCCUUUUUCUUUCUUAGGGUUUCGAAUGCGACUUUCAGUGGCGGGUGAGGUUAAUUAUGUAGGUUUUUGCUUCUUGGAUUUUUCAUGCGACUGUUUCAGCUGAGAAUAUGUCCGACUACGGGUUGGUGGCGGUGGAUUUCUGAUUUCCGAGGCCUACACGUUCCUGCUUUCUCAUACUGCUUUCAACCCCGCGGUGUUGGAUCGUAGUUUGGGCAGGGAUUGGCAGUCGAUUGCAAUUGCCUGCCGAGAAUAGAAGCAUCGGGAGUAUGGAAUUUUGCUUGUCUUCAGGCUGUUUGAUUAACUAGGGUUGGUUGUGUAAAUAUUCGGUUACAAGUGAAGUUCACGACUCUCCUGUGUUAGAGGAAUUGUGGGCACGCCACGGUUUGGAGUAAAUGUUGCUUGGUGGACGUUGAAUGAUUGUUUCCAUGGACUUAAAUGCCUCGCCGGUGCCUGAUGAGGAUGAAGAGACGUUUGAGAGGCAUGAAGAGGUGUAUAGCGCUCCAGAGGAACAUAUAGAGACUGCUGUCAGUAUAGCACGGCGGGAGCGAGAAGAAAGAAAAAGGCGGUUGAAAAGAGAUCGCUCUAUUGAGAGACCAGUGCAUGAAUAUCAACAACCUGCUCGGGAUCAGUUUUAUCCUGCUAAAAACCAAAAAUCUGAUAGAAGCAGGCUUCCCCCAGGUUGGUUGGAUUGCCCUGCAUUUGGUAAAGAAAUAUGUUGCAUGAUUCCUUCCAAGGUUCCUCUGGGUGAAUCCUUUAAUGAUUGUAUAACACCUGGUAAAAGAUACUCAUUUAAGCAAGUGAUCCAUCAACAGAGAGUUUGGGGAAGAAAACUUGGUUUGGUGAUUGAUUUGUCAAAUUCUUACCGUUAUUAUACGACUUCAGAUUUGAAUAAAGAGGGUAUCAAGUAUGUUAAGAUUCCUUGCAAGGGGAGGGACUCUGUACCUGACAACAAGUCAGUCAAUAUGUUUGUUUACGAGGUUAUUCAGUUCCUUUCUCGUCAGAAACACUCAAGGAAGUUUAUUCUUGUCCAUUGCACGCAUGGCCAUAAUCGUACUGGAUAUAUGAUCAUAAAUUAUCUUGUGCGUGCACAUUCUAUUUCUGUUACUGAGGCUCUAAAAACGUUUUCUGAUGCCCGCCCUCCUGGAAUUUACAAGCCAGACUACAUUGAUGGGUUAUAUACCUUUUAUCAUGAAAGAAAACCUGAAGUGGUUGUUUGCCCGCCCACGCCUGAGUGGAAGAGAUCUUCAGAUCUUGAUCUUAAUGGCGAAGCAGUUCCAGAUGAUGAUGAUGAUGGAGGUCCUGCUGCACCUUUGAAUGAAAAUCACGAAGAUGGUGUUCAAUUGAUGACGAAUGAUGAUAUAUUGGGAGAUGAGAUACCCGAGGACCAGGAACGUGCUUUGAAGCACUUCUGCUACCAGAUGCUUAAAUUGAAUGCUGGAGCCAGAGCAAAUUUGCAAUUUCCAGGGUCACAUCCAGUGUCUCUUAACAGUAUUAUUAUGCCACAUGGAAAGCUGAUGGAACAAGAUAUAUGAUGCUAAUAACCAUGGAUGGAUGCUACUUGAUUGACAGGGGUUUUAAAUUUCGAAGAGUCCAAAUGAGAUUUCCUUACAGAAAUGCUAAUGAUGGCUUAGUUGAGAAGAUUCACCACUAUACAUUGCUUGAUGGAGAAAUGAUAAUUGAUACUAUGCCAGACUCUCAGAAGCAAGAGAGAAGAUAUCUUAUAUAUGAUAUGAUGGCAAUUAAUCACGUCUCAGUUAUUGAGCGUCCUUUCUAUGAACGGUGGAAGAUGCUUGAGAAAGAAGUGAUUGAACCUCGCAAUUAUGAGCGCCAGCAUAUUCACAAAAGUGUGAACCCUAAUUAUAGAUAUGAUCUGGAGCCAUUCAGGGUGAGGAGGAAAGAUUUUUGGUUGCUCUCCACAGUUACCAAACUUCUGAAGGAGUUCAUACCGAAGCUUUCACAUGAUGCCGAUGGCCUAAUAUUUCAGGGUUGGGAUGAUGCUUAUGUUCCUCGAACUCAUGAGGGUCUUUUAAAGUGGAAGUAUCCUGAAAUGAACUCUGUCGACUUCCUAUUUGAGGUUUUGGGUGAAGAUGAUUCUCAGGUUCUUAUUUUGUUCGAACGAGGAAAGAGGAAAACAAUGGAAGGAAAUAGGGUUAAGUUUAAAGAUGGUGAUCCCUCCUUCUAUUCAGGAAAGAUUGUUGAGUGUUCUUGGGACUCUGAUGAGCAAGUAUGGGUCUGCAUGCGUGUCAGGACAGACAAGACAACUCCUAAUGAUUUCAAUACUUACAAAAAGGUCAUGCGCAGCAUUAGAGACAAUAUCACAGAGGAAGAUUUGUUGAAGGAGAUUCACGAGAUCAUACGCUUGCCCAUGUAUGCUGACAGGAUAAGGAAUGAUAGUAAAGCAGCCCAACAUACAACCUCAACACGACGGAGGUGAUAUCUAGACGUUGCCCAAAUACAAAACUUAGGCAGUAUUAGUCGAUAAUCUUCGGAUGAGAUGCUGGAAAAGUGUCCCCCCACAUGUUUUGCUUGUUCGUUCUGUUGCCAGCUUUACGAAUGUCCCCUUGGUUGAGUUGUGCAUAUAUAUUAUUGAUAGGGUGACCAAGCCAUUAGCAGCUUCUCCUUGUGGUAUCCUUUAGUGUGUGCAGAGCUGGUGAAUUGUAUGAUCCAGUCAGUGCACUUAAUAGUUGUCUUGAAUUAGGGCUUUGAAAUCCAUUUCUUCUAGUUUUCCAGGUGAAGAGAUGUAGGAUUAGGAUCAUCAUGUAUAUUAGUAUUUUAAUUUUUCGUUAUUUAGUGAUUGCUAAGCAGCAACUCGAAGGCAGUCAUUUUAAGUAAAUCUGAGCCAAGUUUUUAUAGCAAGGUUUUACAUUUUUACUGUUGUGAAUAGCCUCUACUCUUAAUGAUCAUGUCUCCACUGUCUUUUCUA